UUUCUGGUCCAUAGACGCGAGCAGCCGUCCACUUAUGUCCAUUACUCUGAAGGACAGAUAACUGCACCUUUCUCUCUUUUCUUAUUCUUCCAGCAUGGCUCUGCGUGUCUGCUUGAGGCCGCUGCUCUCGGCAAAUGGACUCCGCUUGACGGGUGAAACUAUUAGCGUCCGUCUCCGGCCCUUCAGCAAACUGCCUGAACUCCACAGCAGCAGUUCCUCAGGCUGUAAGGUGCUGUUACACUUUGUGAAUCAGUCCGGAAUGAAGAUGAGUGUCAGUGCGACUGAAGGAGAAUCCCUGCUGGAUGUGGUCGUCAACAAAAACCUGCAAAUCGACGGCUUCGGUGCGUGUGAGGGAACGUUGGCGUGUUCCACCUGUCACCUGAUCUUCGAGGACAGUGUUUACGAGAAGAUGGAGCCGUUGGCAGAUGAGGAGAUGGACAUGCUGGACCUGGCCUAUGGACUGACCAAAACGUCUCGGCUGGGCUGCCAGGUGACCGUGGAGCGCUGGAUGGACGGAAUGACGGUCCGAGUGCCGCAAGAGGUCAAAGACCAACGAGAGAAACAGGAGGCCGAGAUCUAGCAGCGACGCAAAUGAACGCUCAGGGAGAACCGAGUCACAUUAGCCAUGUUUGUGAUCUUAAAACUUUCUCCUUGCAGAAGUUUGUAAAAGUGU